ACCAAUAAGAGACCGUGUUUUCAGAGCUUAGCUCGUGAUGCUAAAGAAUGCGAAUGUUCACGGGAGCGGGUCUCUCCCUAAUCGCCUCAUUGUUUUGUAACCGGAGCGACUUCAUUCGCACACGAAGCAGCGCAGCGCGGGCACGAGAUCGGCGCGCGACCACAUGACUGACAGGUGUUAGCAGGUGCUCGAGGGCUCGCGUCGCUGGGGGCGACGGGAAAUGUGUCGCUGCUCAAGGAGUCGAGAGCGUGUCGCCCCCACGAACGACCGGUCACUCGGCGAAGACAUGUGGUGAGCGAGACGUCGGCGCGGCACCAUGAAGGGACCCGGCUCCAGAUGGGCCUUCUGCCUGGGCUUCCUGGCGGGCGCCUGCAGCGUGUUCUUCUUCCGGUACCAGGUGUGGUUUGAGAGGAGCUACCCUGUGCUGUCAGAGGCUCAGGAGAGAGCUUCAAGUGUUUGGGAGAAGCCGGCAGCCAGUUGGAGGAGAGAAGGAGCUGCUCUAAUCAACCUGCUCCACCCUCACCACACAGAUGAAGACAGCAGGGUGGCAGAUGUGCUGUACCAGAAGGUCCGUGUUCUCUGCUGGGUCAUGACCGGCCCGUACAACUUAGAAAGCCGGGCGCGGCACGUGAGGUCCACCUGGUCCCGACACUGCAACGCCGUGGUGUUCAUGAGCUCGGUGGACGACGCAGACUUCCCCACUGUCGGCCUCGGCACCAAGGAGGGCCGCGACCAGCUGUACUGGAAGACCAUCCGGGCGUUCCAUUACGUCUACGAGCACCAUGCACGCGAAGCCGAUUGGUUCCUGAAAGCCGACGAUGACACGUUCGUGGUGGUGGACAACCUGCGCUGGGUUCUGUCCAAUCACACGCCCGACGAAGCCAUUUAUUUCGGGAAGCGCUUCAAGCCCUACACCAAGCAGGGCUACAUGAGCGGUGGGGCAGGCUACGUGCUCAGCAAAGAGGCCCUCAGGAGGUUUGUGGAAGGCUUCCGGACCAAAGCCUGCACCCACACCACUCCCGUGGAGGACCUGGCGCUGGGGCAGUGUCUGGAAAAGAUGGGCGUCAAGGCCGGGGACUCCAGAGACACUCUGCAUCGAGAGACGUUUCACCCGUUCGUGCCCGAGCACCAUCUCACGGGGAAGUUCUCCAAAAGCUUCUGGUACUGGAGCUAUUGUUACUACCCCAUUGUUGAGGGUCCUCAGUGCUGCUCCGACCUGGCUGUUUCCUUUCAUUACGUGGAGCCGGAGCUGAUGUACACCAUGGAGUACUACACCUACCACCUCAGAGCCUAUGGCUACUUGCCCCGCUACCGACCCUCCACGGGCCGAGCCGUGCGCCUCGACUCCGUCCUGCAGACCACCACGACCGUGCAGGUCAAAGGAGUUGACCCGGUGACCGAUGGAAGGAGCCGCACGAGCACCGUGGUCAGUGGAAACCAAACAGAGGUGGAGGUGGAGUCGCACACUGGCGCGAAAGAUGGCCUGAACUCACAGCUCAUUGGGAACAGGACUGUGAAUCACUAAUACUGAAGCUACAGUACAUCUGAAAUAUUUUUGCUGCUUUCACUGAGUAAAUGGUUGAAAUUAUGGAUGCGUAUUGUUCAACUAAUACUAAUACGAAUUCAUUCACACAGUCACAGGUAUUUGACUGAAGUACUAUGUACCUGAUCUGAGACAAGCAGAUAACCAAUUCUUUAUUUAUACAUGCAGGAUAAUUUGUCCACUUUUUUUUUAUUUCAUUUUUCACUUCCAUUAUCUUUUUUUCACAUGCAGACUUCAACAGCAACCUCAAAAUUCUGCUGUAGCCCCUUUAGUUUUGAAUUUUUAAUGUUUUGAGAGUCAACAUGCAAAAAUGAUUAACUUUUGUAUCACAGUAUUCUUGGCUUUGAUUUUUGUUGGAAUAUUAUAAAGUGCACCAACAUUGACGCGGCACCAUUGCUGGCAAUCUGACCAGACUUUAAAAUCUGGUCAGCAGUUCCCAUUAAGUCGCCUGCUGUGCGCAGUCGUUUCGUUUUACCUAAUGAAGUCUGUCAUGAUGAACCACUCGAACAGUUGCAGGAACAUUUCCGAUGAAUAAAUUAUGUAUCAAAAUUGUUUAUUUUGAAGAAAAAGAAUAAAAUGACAAUGAAAUAUG